AUGUAUAGAUCAGAAAGCCAUACUAAAUUAUCGAGGGACAAAAUUCGAUCGGAUUCUAUCUCAAACAACAAAGUAGAACGAAGAACGAAAAAAAGAAACAAGGGAGUUAUUGUACGAGAAUACGAAAAUGAUGUUGAGGAUAAAAAUUCUCCAUACAAUGACCUUAUAACAAGGUAUUCUUAUAAUCAUGGACCUGGUGGUUAUUGUGAAGAUGUUUCCGGAAAUGCAAGAAAUCAUCGAAUGAGAAAGAACAAAUCACGACUUCGACUGCUAUCGAGAAGGUUAGGCGUCUCUUUAUACGACGGCACUGAUUCGGUACGAGACUACAGUUCUCGGAGUUCGAGGAACAGAGAAGUAUAUGAGGAGACUGAAGCUACUUCUGGAACGGGGAUUUCGUUGUUAAGUAUUCCAGACAAGAAGAAAACUCAGAUGAGACAGAAUGCUAUACUGAUAACCGAUAUAGCAGCUAUGAGAAGUGACAAAACACCACAAUGCCUCUUACAACUUCCGAUUUCGGUGAUCACAGAACAACGUAUUCGUGUCACAACGACGGUACGUCAAUUAUGGCUCCAUUCAACAAUUUACGUCUAUUCUGCCAGUGAGCUGGGACAUUGCAAUAUUGAAGAACUCGAGAAAAUGCUUGUAAGUGCACCAAUAAUGAAUCGCGAGGUCAGUGAGACAAAAUGGGAUAAAAGGCCACUAAAUUUGAAAGAAGACAUAUUUGUCAAAAAUAAUAUAAUUAAAAUAAGACGAUCAACAUUAUUUUGUGAUUUGCAAGAUGGUAAACAAGUUAUAACAAGUGAUCGUCGUACUUAUGAUAAUUUAUAUCCAGCAGAAGUAACUAAUAUUGCGCAACGUGAAGUUUAUGGUAAUGUAGCCUUGAGACCACAGUCAAUGUUAAAUAUUACCUUGAUCUGUGGUGAACGGCGAUCCAUCAACGGCAAUAUUCGACUGAUCGAAAAGCUGAUUAUCACUUUGUCCAGUAGCAAAGAACCCGAAGCAAGCCAUCGUUUGCAACGUCAAAUUGAAGAACGAGUAAUUAAGCCAGAGAAUUAUCAUCUACCAAUACAAUACACUGAGGAAGUACUGAUUGGACAGCGUCGUAUUGAUAUUACUCGUGAAACAGAGAUUAACCCUCCGAAAGGAUUAAGUGAGUUUUUGACCGCUGGAGAGCCGCAAAUAUUUGAAUUUGGAGAAAUACGAAAAUAUGGCAAUUUUGCGGAAUCAUCAUCUCAAUCGUUUGGUCAUAUUCCAUCAAGUUAUCCCAUCCAGCGAUCCCUGCCAUCAUUUUCAACAGUUGGACAGAUGCGCCAGGUUAAAGAAACGAAACCGGACCAGUUUUCAUCUAGCUAUGUUUCCAGAUAUCGAUCGCAAUCAUUUGAGGCAGAUGAACAUUUAAAAGAACAAAUACCAAUACAGAAAUUUUACCCAGAAACCCAGACUAAAAUGCAGGGAGUAAAUGCUACUGGAAUACCAAUCAUAAACAGCACUGCAGAAUCACAAGUAUCUACCAAACAAAAACAACUUAUCAGUGGUGGUGCAAAGCGAGAAAAAAUAGAUUUGCAAUCAAAAAAGGCACAUUCAUUACGUCGUGGUUUACGACGUUCAAGCCGUUGGAGUAGAUUUGCACUAAGCAGAUCUCAAUCCCAUCCAAAUUCUACAGAGUCUAUACGGACAGUACCUGCUACUUUCAGCCCGUUGGAAACGUCAACACCAGUUAAGAAGACUCCUACAACGGCAAAAGAUUUGAUUGACCGGAACAAAUUUCCGAUGAAGGAAUGCGUGAAGACAUCAAAAAGUCAAAGUUCAGGCACUGGAACACAUAUACGCUCCACUCUUGAUUGCGAUAUCACACUAAGUACAACCAAAGAGGUGAAUGUGACAGAAAUUCCAAUUGAAAUUAAAGGGGUGCUAAAUGGUUUGCCGUGGUGUACAACGAUCAGAUUACGAGUAAAGCACGAUGCUAAUGAGAAGCCAACUUUUAUUCCUAAUCGAUGUAAAAUGUUCUAA